UGUGGCAAGAAUGGUCAUAAAAUGGGUCAAAACUCACUUAACAAAUGUCUCGCUUAGCAACAGAAAUUUUGGGCUCAACAUUGUGGCUGUAAGUCGAGGACUACCUGUACUCCUGUAGCACAAGUCCUCUAAUAGCCCAACACGGUUCUCCCCCACUUUUUGUCUUCUCUGCAGGUGAGCAGGCGGCCAGGAGCAAAAGCCUCGUCUCCCGAUCCAUUCACGAGAGUUCUGCUAAUUCAGCAACUCCCGCUUCCUGCGUGACCCAACAAAGCGCGGGAAUCCUCCUUGGGCACAACGAUGAGCUAGCAGAGCCUGCGGCUCGCGAGGGAAAGCGGGCCUCGUGCUGCUGGUUGGCUGGCAGGCAGCCGCCGCUGUUGCUCAGACGCCGGCUCGGGCGUGGGGCUGCUGCUCUCUGCAGCCAAGCGCUGCCCUGCUCAAGCUGCUCUGCCGAGCGAACGUUAGCCUGCCAGGGCCAGAGGGAAGCCGGGAGGAAGCGCAGCCGGGCGGCCAGACCAUGCAGCUCUACUUCUGGUGAUAGGCAUGAGCCCCUUAGAGAGCUCAAGAUGUCUUUCAAGAAGGAGACACCACUUGCAAAUGCUGCAUUCUGGGCUGCAAGGAAAGGAAACUUGGCAUUGCUUCAGCUGUUGUUCAAUAGUGGGCGUGUUGAUGUGGACUGCAAAGAUAGCCUUGGUUCAACAGCCCUUAUGGUAGCAUCAUACUAUGGCCACAAAGAAUGUGUGCGAGAACUGGUGCUGCAAGGAGCUGAUAUUAAUCUUCAGAGAGAGACCGGUGCCACUGCCCUAUUCUUCGCUGCACAACAAGGCCACAAUGAUAUAGUGAAGUUACUCUUUGAAUAUGGAGCUUCCACAGAAUUCAAAACCAAAGAUGGUGGUACUGCUUUGUUAGCUGCUUGUCAAUAUGGGCACAUGAGAGUGGUGGAAACCUUACUAAAGCAUGGGGCCAACAUACAUGAUCAGCUUUAUGAUGGAGCUACUGCACUUUUCCUGGCUGCUCAGGGAGGCUAUCUGAAUUUAAUUCGGUUAUUACUAUCUUCAGGAGCAAAGGUCAACCAGCCAAGGCAGGAUGGGACAGCUCCGUUAUGGAUAGCCUCUCAGAUGGGACACAGUGAUGUAGUGCGAGUGAUGCUGCUCCGAGGAGCAGAUCGAGAGGCUGCAAGGCUGGAUGGCACAACUGCUUUACUUAAAGCUGCAACCAAAGGAUAUAAUGAUGUUAUAGAGGAAUUACUUAAAUUCUCUCCUGCACUUGGCAUCCUGAAGAAUGGGACAUCUGCCCUUCAUGAAGCAGUUCUUGGUGGCAAUAUUAGAGCAGUAGCAUUACUCUUAGAAGCAGGAGCAGAUCCAUUACUUAAAAACAAGAAAAAUGAAUUGCCUUCAGAUCUGACAAAAAAUGAGCGCAUUCUACAUCUCCUGCAACCUAGAACAAAACACAGGAAGAGUUAAUAUCGCUUGACAUCUUGAGAUGAUGAAUCCUGUCCACAUUAGGUCUCAAAGUUUGGUUUCCUGUAGAAGCAAAAAAAGGUUGAGAUUCAAGUAUUUCCUGUCUCCUACUCUGUGAACGAAGUCAGGUCCUUCAUGGAAUGGUAGAUUUAAGAUCUGUUAAGUUGUUAUGGUCACCAAGUUUUAGUUGCUGGCUUUGGAGAAGAGAAGACUGGUUCCACAUUAUAGCUUUCCUGAAAAGCAGCUCUCAUUCAACUAGAAAAAGACUCUCUUUGCUUUAGUAUACUGUAUACCUUGCAGUAAAUUUCCUAAUUUGUCUCCAAUAUUGUAAUAAAUAUUAAUGCAAGUGUGGAAAACAUAUACCUCUCCUACUGUUGCUGAACUAUACCUCGCAACAACCAGAUGAAAAUUAUGAGGGGUGCUGGGAGUUACACUUGUUUAAUAUCUUGCAGGUUAUAUAUUAUACUAAUUGUUCUAACCAUUUUUUUUAAAAAAAAAUAUGUUGCAUAAGCUCUGUUUUCUGUUGGAUAUUUUAGAUGUUGAGAUACACAAGUGCCUCUCAGUAGGUUAGUGUCCUAUGACGCAUCUGGCUUCUUUGCAGUGAUUAGACUAUUAUCAUUUUACUUACACACACAUACACACACACACAAAGAGAGAGAGAGAGAGAGAGAGAGAGAGAGAGAGAGACUCACAGAGAUACAAACACAUAUAAUAUUGAAUUUCCUUUUGUAUCAUUUAUUACUGUUAACCUCAGAGACUUCUAUGCAGAUUUCCUAUUAUGUAUGUAAUUUUGUUUUUUUCUGUAUUUUUUCCAUUAGGCAUAUGUAAAAUCAUCACUCAUAAUAUUUUUCAUUUAUGAAUUACAAUGUAAAUUCAUGUUUUAUACAUCUAGGAAAAGCAAAAUUUACUGGUUGCGUUUUGUCACACAUUUUAUGCGUUACAACAGAUUUAAUGGAUGCCAAAUAGCUUUUGAAAAUCUGCUGAAUGUGCAUUGGUAGCAGGCCAAUAAAGACAUGAAAUAAGGAUUAAA